GCAGGAAACUUACCAGGAUGAGUUUACCGACCAGGGAACAAUGUGAGUCCUGGAGCCCAGUGCAGGUGGCUAGUUACCUAAGUCAGAUCAACAUGAGGGAAUGUGCAGAAACAGCGCAGAGAAAUAAAAUUGACGGCCAUCGUUUUUUGAAACUGUCUGACAGUGAUGUCAUCAAAUUCAGCCUCAUCCAUCAACCCUGUAAGCAUGCGCUGUCUAACCAGUCAAGUCUUUAUCCCCGAGUACUCAACACUAGUUAAUACUACUACUGCCAGAGUCAGGAACUCAUACAGAAUGGAGCACCUCAACAAAAUCACUGCACCUGCUACUGUUAAACUUCGGCAGCUCCAAAAAAUCGUCCAAGACAUUAAGAAGAAUGACGACAGCCUUUUCAACAGAUUAAAAAGGUUUCAGUCUGAACAAACUGCUCAUAUCCUCAAAACUGGGAGAAAUACGUUGGACCGAAUAAGGAAAAAAGGACCUCCAAAAGUACCUGCAAGGGACUAUCCAGGUGAAGCUCAUGAUAUUGAGAACAGCUCUGACUCUUUCGAGAGUGACACGUAUGAAGAGCUGGGUGAUAAUGACAACAGCUAUGAACCUCCACCGAGGUCAGAAGGUCACAAUCUGAAGGCCUUUACUAUCAGCGCAUCCAUAACAAACCCCAGAGGACAAUAUCUGGACAGCUGUCGUGGUCGACCGUUAAAACCACACAAGCCCCUUCAUCCGCAACAGAGGAACAAACCCCCACAACCGACCAAGAGCAGUACGGCCAAAGAGGAGCAUGAAGUAGAUGAUUAUAUUGAGCUGGAGGAUGAACUGGAUGAUGAUAAUUAUAUUGAUCCCACUAAAAAAACACCAACAAAGCCUCCUGUUAAUCCAGGUAUCAAACCUUGUGUUCCCGCUCGUGCAAACAGCCCAGAUUUCUGCAAGGUUCCUAACAUGGAGGGGAAUUCUCAGUCAGAGAAAAGAAGUAACAUGACUCUACAACCGAACACACAGAUGGCGCCCCCUAAAGCCAGUCCAAGAAUGCAUAUUAGAAAGCCAACCAUGACCCAAGAACCACAAUCAGAGGACGAGUAUGAAGUGUGUGACACAGACGAUAGUGUGAAUGAAAGGCUAGAGGAGAGCACAGAAAGCAGGAAACUCUCCAUACCAACACCUCGACCCCGGGAAAUGAAGAAAUCAAGUCCUGCUUUGAUGCCGAAACGAAGCGUUCCUCAGCAAGAUAAUGAAGCAACACAAACAGUUAUGCCACGAAGCCCACCGGAUAUCAUGACACCCACGCCAACUACAGGCUUCCAUCGAGCCAAGAUUCCUCUACCUCGACAGUUUCCCUCUCAGAGCAGAGGAAUGUUGCCGCCAGAAAACAGAGCAUCUCGAGAUGCUGAAGAGGAAGCUGGUGUGUAUAAUAAGAUUUGGUACGCCAGUAUCUGUGAUCGCAGGACCGCAGAGGAUGCUCUCAAACGCUCAGCCAAGGACGGGUCUUUCCUGCUCCGGAAGAGUUCAGGUAUGGACGCACAGCAGCCGUAUACUCUAGUGGUGUUCUACAACAGCCGAGUAUACAACAUCCCCGUCCGCCACAUCGCUUCCACCAAACAGUACGCUCUGGGCAAAGAGAAACAUGGAGAGGAGCGUUUCAACAGUGUUUCUGAGAUCAUUGAAAACCAUCAGAACAAUCCUUUAGUUCUGCUCGACUCACAAAACAACACCAAAGACUCCACCAAACUCAAACACCCAGUGAAACCUUGAGAAACCAUUUGAACUGGCACGAAACUGUCAAACGUCCAUCUGGAGGUGAUGUGGAGACGUUUAUAACUUCAGAUUGACAACAGCUUUGAGAGGGUGCUGACAUUAAACUAUGGGCUAGAUUCAUAUUUUACCUUCAUUAAAAAUAUUGGCAAGAGCUCCACAUUGGCAAGAAUGGGACAUGCUGCUACUUUUAAAAGUUAUUUUUGCUGAAUCACAGGCACAUAUGCCCAAAAAGUAGAAUCCAAUUACACAAGUGCUUGUUUUCUCUAGCAGUGGUAUUGUAUGUUGGUAUAAAUAACUUUGUUUAAAGCUGCUUUAAAUUUCAAUAAAUUUUUGUGGGUUUUUUUAUUUUUAUUAUUAUUAUUUAUUUAUUUGUUAUAACUGUUGGUUAAACAAAUAAACACAAUAAACAUCACUGGCACACAUUAAGGGAAGAGUCAAGGAGAUUAUGAAGGUAUAUUGUGAUCUUGUGACAAAGGAAUUUUGCAUGAAUGUCAGAUUGAGGCAAGUUGUCACAUGUUUUAUCGGUUGUAAAUAUAUAAUAAUUUACAUUUCACUCAAUUUUCACUGAAAUUGUUUUGCUGGUAAAAUAAUUUGUGAUUAAAUUAAUUUGCAGUGGUAAAUUAAUCAAUGUAAUUCUGAAAACUCAAAUAAAAGCCAUUUUUCAAACAUAUA